CACACUUUAUUAAAAGGCUUCUUAAAGAUUCAGGAUUUCUGAGUAUAAAUCCAGUUUAGCAGUAACUGUCUAGCUACGUAUUUGCUCAGUCUAGUGGAACUCAUAUCCGCUGUGUAUGGUUUAUAUUUUGUGGAAAAGUCAAAGGUUCACCCUGAUUUCACACACAGUGUACCGAACCGGGUUAAGUGCCGGAAGAAGCGUCAAUUAUUAACUUAGCAACACUUCUUAGAAGUUGUUGUUCUACUGUUACAUGCAGUGUCAGUUGUCAUAUCUCAUCCCCUUAAUAUUGUAUAUUCUAAUGCAUUUAAUGAUCUGCUCAUUAUCGCUUCCGAAGAGUUUCAGUUCAGUUUCUUCAGCAGAAAUGACAGAUUGACGCACCAGUGGGAGUUUGGUCCGCUUUUCCCUGCGCUCAAUGGAGCAGCGAGUACCUAUUGACUGAGCUGUGACGUGGACGAGAGGAGGGGUCUGCCGUGCGCUUAAAUACACGACUCCAGUCCCGAAUCCAGUCAGAAACGCACAGCAGAGCAUCAAGACAAUCCCCGCUGUAUAAAGACUGCUCAGGCGUCUUUUACGCACCCGCACGUAUUCAGAGAGAAGCAGUCAGCGCGCCGGGGUUUAACCAUGAUUAAGAAAAUGACGCCCUCCGAGAGCGAUUUUGACAUCCCGGCAAAGAACUGCUACAGGAUGGUGAUUUUGGGAUCCACCAAAGUUGGGAAAACAGCCAUCGUGUCCCGGUUCCUGAACGGGAGGUUCGACGAGCAGUACACGCCAACGAUCGAGGACUUUCACAGGAAACUGUACAGCAUCAAGGGAGACGUGUACCAGCUAGACAUACUGGAUACAUCAGGGAACCACCCUUUCCCCGCCAUGAGGAGACUAUCCAUACUGACAGGUGACGUGUUCAUCCUCGUCUUCAGCCUGGAUAACCGAGACUCCUUCCAGGAGGUGCAGCGACUCAAGCGCCAGAUAUACGAGACCAAGUCGUGCCUGAAGAACAAGAUCAAAGAGAACAUCGACGUGCCUCUGGUCAUCUGCGGGAACAAGGGUGACAGAGAGUUUUACAGGGAGGUGCAGCAAGAGGAGAUCGAGAAGCUGGUGGACGGAGACGAGAAGUGCGCGUACUUCGAGAUCUCCGCCAAGCGCAACGAGAACGUGGAUAAGAUGUUUCAGACUUUGUUUACCUUGGCCAAAUUACCUCACGAAAUGAGCCCCGACCUUCACCGGAAAGUCUCCGUGCAGUACUGCGACAUGCUGCACAGAAAGUCUCUGAAAAACAAGAAGCUGAAGGACAUUGGAGAGGCAUACGGUAUGGUCACUCCGUGCGCCCGCAGACCCAGUGUGCACAGCGAUCUCAUGUAUAUUAAGGAGAAAGCUGUAGGUGGCGGCCAGGGGAAAGACAAAGAGAGAUGUGUGAUCAGUUAAGCAGACUGUGAGGUGCAAGUGCAAGACUAAUCUUUGAAAGUAGAAGGAACCUGGUGCGUCAGCUUGAGAGGCGACCUGUGUGGCCGGCUGCGCUCAAACUGACACCGGUGAUGUGGACACGCCGUGGCCGCCGCAGCGCGCUCCGGCGCAGCGCUGUUUCCAAGGACACUGACUGGACACGCGAGUCCACUUCAAAUCGCCAAAAAAACAUUCCCCAAGAGACAUUUGAGAAUGUUUGCUUGUUCUGUCAAUCAGAGCCCAGUGUGUGACGUGGCUUCAUACCUUGUGAGACUCGCGCAUCAGUGCGUAAAAUGUGUUUUGUUGACGUCAUGCCUUUUACAGAUCCAGAGAGGAGAGAAAAAAAGACUCUUGGCUCAGGAGCUGCAGUGUUCGGGAAAAAUAAUGUUGUUUACAUCUUGUCAUAGAUUUUAUAUUGGCUGAGUACACUUCAAUGUUUCUUUGAACUAUUUUUUAUUGUGAAUGUAUAUUUAUUGUCAAUGUCACUUUUUGCAAACAAAAUCUUAAGAUAUAAUAAUAAAAAAACAA